AUGGCAGCAUCAACUUGGGCUUACGUAGCCUUUACGGUUAUGCUGAGCUUAUCAGUGUCCUCUGCUCACAGAGCCAAUUUGCUCACUGGUGAUCAUGAACCCAAGGUGCGUGUACUAGGCGGCUGGGGUGAGCCAUACUAUGGCGGAGGUAGCAAUGGUGGGUGCCAAUACGGUGCUUGGGACGGCUGUGGUUAUGGACAAGGCAGCGGUAGUGGUAGUGGCGGAGGAGGUGGGGGUGGUGGUGGAGGUAGUUACGGUGGACCUGGUUAUGGUGGCUCUGGCAAUGGUGGUGGAAGCGGUGGGGGUGGUGGAGGUUCUGGAGGCAUGCCUGGUUAUGGUGGCCCGGGAAAUGGUGGUGGUGGCGGAGGCGGAGGCGGAGGCGGCUCGGGUCCUGGAGGCAUGCCCGGUUACGGUGGCCCUGGCAAUGGUGGAAAUGGAGGUGGUGGAGGUGGCGGCGGUGGCUCAGGAUGGACGCCUGGUUACGGUGGCCCUGGGUAUGGGAAUGGAAAUGGAGGCGGUGGUGGAUACGGUGGAGGACCUUAUCAGUGUGUGCCACAUCCAAGUUGCCACAAUUGUCACCCUUUUACUCUAUACACCAAUCAUCAUCUUCUUCCUCCCGGUACUGGUGCUACUGGGCCAAACAACAACAAAGCAGCAGACGAACCUUCUGCUGCCUUGGCUCCUGAAUCCGAUUAG